AUGCGCAAAAGAGGAAUCCAUGCCUUUGUUAACGAUGAAUCUCUCAUGUCUGAUAAGGAAGAAAUGAAAGCUAUCGUUGUUAUCUUCAAAAACUAUGCAUCCUCAACAUAUUGUUUGGAUAGUCUUGCAACCAUUCUUGAGUGCUGCAGAAUAGAAUAUCGAUUCGUUUAUCUAAUAUUAUAUGACAUGCAGCCAUUAGAGCUGCAACAUCAAACAGGGAGUUGCGGCCAAGUAUUUGCAAGGCUUGAGAAGAUAUUCAAACACGACAAACAACGUAUGCAAAAAUGGAGGUUGGCUUUGGCUGAAGCAGCUGACUCAAGACGCAAUUGCUAUUUCAUUCCCAAGAAUGCAAUAGAAGACGAGCAUAUUAUUACUAAAAGGGUUACUGGGGAAGUCUGUAGAAGGAUUGAUAAAUUUCCUUUACCUCAUGGGGAUCUUUCAGGGUUAUUUGAGUCCUGGGAUCGAGAAGAAGCAGUCUCAAUUUUGGAUAUUAGGUCUAAUGAGGAAGUCAAAAUGGAAAUAGCCAAGAGCAGCAAUGAUUUCACAUUAGAUGAUUUCCAUGAUUUGAUAAAACAGCCCUGA